AUGUCUAGUCAGCGUCUUGUCCUAGGCCUCCCACGUGUCUUGCCGUCACUGCCGCCUUCGCCUGCGCCGCCGUGUCGUCCCUGCGUCGAGGGUAGGCUGCGCGCCACCCCUCACUCCUCCUCCCUUCGUCCGGCCACUGAGCCUUUUGAGACGCUUCACUUGGACGUCUGGGGCCCAGCCCCUCGUCUAGGCCCUGAGCGUGAGCGUUACUUUCUGGUGGUAGUUGACGACUUCUCCCGCUACACCACAGUGUUCCCUCUGGCGAAGAAGUCUGAGGUGACUUCUACGCUGAUCAGGUGGUUGCUCACCACUGAGGACACUCGUGGUCGUCGUGUCAGCUGUCUCCACUCCGACCGUGGGGGUGAGUUUCGCUCCGGCAUUCUCGCUGGAUUCUGUCGCGAGCAGGGCAUUCGUCAGUCCUGGACGCUUCCAGAGUCCCCACAGCAGAAUGGGGUUGCUGAGCGCCGCAUAGGCCUGGUCAUGGAGAUCGCCCGCACCUCCCUGACUCACGCCUGUGCCCCCCAUUUUCUGUGGCCCUACGCGGUCAGGUACGCCGCGCACCAGCUGAACCUCUGGCCACGUGUCUCUCGACCAGAGGUUUCACCGACCAGUCUUUGGACAGGGUCCCCUGGUGUUGCGUCGCGGUUUCGUGUCUGGGGGUGCUUGGCUCUUGUCCGCGACACCUCCGCGGACAAGCUCUCGCCUCGUGCCGUCCCCUGUGUCUUCCUUGGUUUCCCUGAGGACUCCUCUGACUUCACCUUUUACCACCCUCCCUCUCACCGGUUCUUUGACUCCCGUGACGUCCGUUUCGAGGAGUCCACUCCGUACUACGUCAGGUGUGUCCCAGGCUACCCCUCCUCCUUCGGUAGCCCCUCCAGUACAGCCUCCCUCCCCACAGUCCUCCUCGCAGCGUGCCGCUGGUGCUAG